AUGACAUUUGCCGCGGUCCACUUGCAUUCCAAUGGUCUGCUAUCGGGAGAGCCAGAAAAGCUCAUCGACAAGCUUCAGCAGAGCAGCAUUCAAAGCCUUCGGCCGAAACUUCAUGAUCGCGAUCCGGUUGCGCAAGCCUUGUCAUUGACGACAACCAGAACACUGUGUCAGGCGAUGAUUUACCGUGGCACUUCUUCCUGGCGCGUGCAUCUUGAUAAUGCGAGAUUCAUCCUGCAACAUGCGCACUUUAGGAACGGCGCCAAUCAGAAUUGUUCAUGCUCAGCGAUUCAUGGCUUUCUUUCCAGUUGGUAUGACAAUACUGAGGCACUGGCAGCUCUUACGCCACUUGGGUUACGCCAUGGCCAGCUGGAGGUGAAAUGCCCCAGGAGUAUUGACGUCCAAUUUGACGUCUUUGGAGGCACUGCAUCCGAUCUCCCCGGUCUUCUGAGGGAGGUGGGCGCCAUGGUGAAGGAGAAAAGGAGCCGGCGCAGAUCCCAAUCCAUUGCCACUGGCAAUGCACAUUCAAUCUUGUCAGAUAGCGACAUCGACCUGGAGGCUGAGGCUUUAGUUCGAGAAGUUCGCCGCCGACUGGAACGCGACAUAGUAUCAAAUCUUGUAUGCGAUCGACACCUCCCCGCCGCACUCUCGGGCGACGAUGUUCAGGACUACGUGUUAAGUAACGCCGGGUACCUCUAUACAGCGCUGCUAUACAUAUAUUGUGGUAUUCAAGCACUCCCGAUCUCGUCUCCAGAGGUCCAAGAUGUAGUCAAUGGCUUGGUCUGGUGCAGCCAAAACAUGAAGAGAUCCGCAGGCUUUUCUCCGCGCGUGCUCCUGGUGACUCCGCUGUUCACGGCAGGAUUAUGCGCGAUGGGAAGUGCACGAGGCGAUGUGAAGGCUGAAUUACAAGAUAUUGCGAAUUGGGUGGGCAUGCCUCAUAUCCCUACCACGUUGUCUAUUCUGGAGGGAGUAUGGGCCACAUCCGAUGGAGACGCGGAUAAUGGAGAUGUCUGGCCGUAUUUUGAAACGACGACCUCUGACUUUAUCACGUAUUGA